AUGGUGAACAUUACGGAAAAGAUCAAGGAGAUUGAGGAGGAGAUGAGGAAGACCCAGAUCGCCUCUUACGCUUUCACGACGCUCACGGCCAUUCCUGGCGUGCUCGAAUAUGGCGGUGCCGAAAUCCAGCUGCUCGAUCUGCCCGGUAUCAUCGAGGGUGCCUCCGAAGGCAAGGGUAGAGGAAGACAGGUUAUUUCGGCCGCCAAGACAAGCGACCUUAUUCUCAUGGUUCUGGACGCCACAAAACGUGCUGAGCAGAGGGCCCUCCUUGAGGCCGAGUUGGAGGCUGUAGGCAUCAGACUUAACCGCGAGCCACCAAACAUCUACCUCAAACCCAAAAAGGCCGGCGGCAUGAAGAUCACCUUCCAAACACCUCCCAAGAACGGCCUCGACGAGAAGAUGGUGAUGAACAUUCUGCGCGACUACAAGAUCCUCAACUGCGAAGUCCUGGUGCGCGAUGAGAACGUGACGGUCGACGACUUCAUCGACGUGAUUAUGAAGGACCACCGCAAGUACAUCAAGUGCUUGUACGUGUACAACAAGAUCGACAGUGUGUCCUUGGACUUCCUCGACAAACUCGCGCGCGAGCCCUACACCUGCGUCAUGUCCUGCGAGCUCGACCUCGGCAUCCAGGACGUCAUCGACCGCUGCUGGAAGGAGCUCAAGCUCAUCCGCAUCUACACCAAGCGCAAGGGCACCGACCCGGACUUUAGCGAGGCUCUGAUUGUGAGGAGUAAUAGCACUAUCGAGGACGUGUGCGAUCGCAUUCACAGGACGCUCAAGGAGACCUUCAAGUACGCCCUCGUCUGGGGCGCCAGCGCGAGGCAUAUCCCCCAGAGGGUGGGGUUGGGUCAUCCGGUGGCGGAUGAGGACGUCGUGUAUAUAGUCAGCGGGUGGAAGGCUUAG